AUGAUAAGUGAUAUUAUUACCGUUAUAGCGCCCGUAAAUAUAGCUGUCAUUAAAUAUUGGGGCAAACGCGAUGAAGACCUAAUAUUACCAUUGAACGAUUCCGUUAGUGCUACUUUAGACACAAAUGUAAUGUGCGCUAAAACUUCGGUCUGUGCCCGACAAGAUCUUAUUGAAGACGAAAUCUGGCUGAACAAGGAAAAGGUACCAUUUUCUAAACGACUUCAGAAUUGCCUGAAAGAAAUAAAAGCUAGAGCCGCAUCGGAAAACAGCGUUGAUCCCAUAUUUCUCCAUUUAAAAAAUACGCGCCUUGCUCAGAAAAUAAUUUUCCAACAGCAGCAGGAUUAG